AUGACGUCGUCAAAAUACCUGCGCCUGCAGCCAGCUGAUUUUUUGCACUAUUUCAUUUUUCUUCACGUCUCCCAAUGUCCAUCUGUUUUCGUCCAUGGUCUCUCUUCGGCCCUUCUCUCUCCUCAUACCCCUAACGUCUCCAGCCAAGCCCCAGAUAUUCUCCAGAAAACUCCAGUCUUUCUACCCCUUUGCUGUCUGUCGGUCGCCGUCCGAGGCACUUUGCAGCCUGCUCCAGAGACUUCCACGCAAUCCACACAACCAUCUUCCCCUCGGGGCACCCGGAUUUUGUUCUGCUCUGGUCUUGUUCUUAUCUAG